CUAUUCUUCCCCUUCAGCAGCAGCCAUGAUGAAGGUGAUCCUAUGCGUACUGUUGAUUGCUGGUCUGUCUGGCGUACUGGCCGGCCCUGUCAUCAAGAAGAGGGCGGGCCAGCGGGGCAACUGCUACACCAGUGAAGGUGUCUUCACACAUGGGCAGGUGUUCAACACCGCCAGAUCCCCCCUGCCUCAAGUACAGGUGCGAGUUUGGCAGGGCGAGAGUAUAUGAAAUAGGAUGCCCUCACGAUGGUUCGUGCCACAGUAUUGGAAGCACGUGGUCCGCCAGUGACUGCCACACCUACAGUUGCAAAAAACAGUCAUACUACUCGUACGAGAUUCAGAGACUGCGGUCAGGAUGCCGCGAUGUCAGUGGUAGAUGCCGUGGCCCCGGAGAACGCUUCCCCUACCACGUCAACGGCCGCAUCUACCAAGACUGCACCUGCACCACCACUCCAACUCUCAUCAGAUACAAGUGCAACCACCCACGCCGUGGUACCCAGUAGGACCGAAUCAAGGGCAGGCAGCAAUAGCAGGCAGAGGGAGGGAAGGGGAAGAUAGAGACUUAACGGGAAAUAUUAGGGAGGGUUCUUUGGGGAACGGGGUAGGCUGGUUUGCGGGAAAGGUCCGCGCGAGAGAAAUUUAGUGAUGUUGAUUCGGUUCUAGAGUAAUAUGCGACACAUUGAAGUGUUUGGGGAGAGGUGCAGAUUUCGGAAAAUGCAUGAAAUGCUAGAUGGCUGAUUUUCGGAUCCGAAAGUCAGCACCAACUAGCUGGAGCAUUUGUGAUCAACUCGUGUUAUUUCGGAGCAAGCCGAAUAGCGAGAUUUCUUGGAGGUUACCAUUCGUAACAACUCGCCUCCCAUUACUUCAGGUGACGAAUGCUAGAGAUGCGAUGGUGACUUUGAAUUAACAUACUUCCGAUAAGCGAGCAGACGACUGAAAGAGGGCGUUUUGGAGGGUGGUAACGCAAUAAUGAAAAACAAUGAAUAGAAUAAUUUAAAAUGACCCAGUCAGGUAAUCCACCUUGGCUACAUAUAUAUAAUAUACCAAAAUUGCCUGAUGAGUAUUCAGUUUCCUGUUUCUAUGCUGUCUGUUUUCCCGACUGCCAAAUUGUAAUAAAUACAUUUCAUUACCCUGUCA